UGUAUAGAUGUUGCGGUUGAUCACUCGUCGUCGGAGUGUGAUCAAUGCGCCUCUUGCAUUAUCAGCAUCUACUGCUCCAGGCGUGAGUGCUCCAUUGAUUGGCGUCCCAGGUGUCUGUCUCAUUGACGUCGUCAAUGUUGGCUCAGCCGCUCAGUGCACGGCGGCCUCACUGGCGCCGCCGCAAGCCUAAGCCUUCUAAUCACACUUCCUCGACAUCCAGAGUCGAGGGUGAGGCCUCCCAGCUAGCUAAAAAAAACACCAGGGGGCCUAGUCGAAUGCUGAAGCAGGCACAGGGUGUAUGUCAGGCCGCCUCCAAGAUCAAGAUUGCGUAUGACUCGCGACAUCUUGGAGCAGCUACCUCACAGCAGUAUAGCAACGUCGUUAGUAGCUAUGGUGGUGUUAUUCGACAAAAUUGUCCUUUUCAGUGGGAGUAUUGGGCAGAAAUUCUCGAGCAGACGAAGGAACUGGUGCGACACAAGUUGUCGGUCAUUUAUGAUCUUGAGGACAUAUCCCCCUAGGCCAUGGCCUACUUAGAGUUGACCUUAGCAACCCUGUACAAACAAUGGAAGAACAAUUUUCACACGUAUUUUAAGCUAUGGGAUGAUCCGAAGAUUGCUCGCCUACACAUUCCAAUCGAGUUGAAGGACCGGUCGGCGGAUUGGGAGUGGCUCUGCAAGCAUUUUACGGAUCCAAAAUUUGUG